AUGAUAUUAUCUAGAUCUAAUGUAAGUAUUUUAGAAAAUAACGAUUUGACAAAUAAAAAAUCCGAAUAUAACUUCAAAGAUUUCAUACAAAAAAGAGAUUAUGUUGGAGCCGUAACCGUUUUACAGUCUAAAGCCUCUCACGAUUCCGAACAGUGGCUCGGAUUUUGUUAUUUCCACUUAGGAGAUUAUGAAAAAGCUGCAGAAGUGUACAAAAAUUUUAAAGAAAAAAAUAGUGAAAUUUAUCUUAAUUUAGCUUGCUGUUAUUUUUUUUUGGGUCAUUAUUCCGAAGCUUUGGAAUGGGUAUUAAAAGCCGAUAACUCUGAUUUGAAAACGCGACUUCAAUUUCAUUUAAGUCAUAAAAUUGGAGAUGAAAAAAAAUUAUUGGAAUUUCAUCAGCAAUUAAAUGAUAAUAUUCAAGAUCAAUUGUCAUUAGCUUCUAUUCAUUAUUUAAGAGCACAUUAUCAAGAAGCUAUUGAUAUUUACAAAAGAGUAUUGUUGCACAACAGAGAAUACACGGCGCUCAAUGUUUAUGUUGCACUCUGCUACUAUAAGUUGGGAUACUACGAUGUUUCACAAGAAGUAUUAAAUAUUUAUUUGCAACAGCAUCCAGAUUCAAUAAUAGCGGUAAAUUUAAAAGCUUGCAAUAACUUUAAAUUAUACAGUGGAAAAACGGCUGAAGCUGAACUGAAAAUAUUAACAGAUCAAUGUACUACAAAUUUAGGAUUCGGUAGCGACUUAAUUAAGCACAAUAAUGUUGUCUUUAAGGGAGGCGAAGAAGCAUUACAAAUUUUACCUCCCUUAUUAAAUAUCAUACCAGAAGCGCGAUUGAAUUUGGUCAUUUACUACUUAAAACAAGAUGAAACACAAGAAGCUUAUGAAUUAAUCAAAUCGUUAGAUCCGGCUGUUCCUCAAGAAUACAUCUUAAAAGGAGUAGUUAAUGCGGCUCUUGGGCAAGAAUCUGGUUUACAAGAAUAUUUAAAAAUUGCACAACAGUAUUUUCAAUUAGUGGGUACAAGCGUCAGUGAAUGUGACACGAUUCCAGGACGCCAAUGCAUGGCUUCUUAUUAUUUCUUAAUUCAUCAAUUUGAUCAAGUUCACACUUACCUAUCAUCAAUAAAAAGUUAUUUUUUUAAUGACGACCAUUUUAAUUUUAACUUUUCACAAGCUCAGGUUGCGUUAGGUUCUUUUGCCGAAGCAGAAGAAACUUUAUUAUUAAUUCAGAGUGAAAAGCUAAGAAACGAUUACUGUUAUAUAAGUCAUUUAUGUAGGUGCUAUAUAAUGAAUAAAAAACCUCAAAAAGCGUGGGAAUUAUAUUUAAAACUUGAUACAAGUUCCGAAUCGUUUAGUCUAUUACAAUUAAUUGCAAAUGAUUCUUACAAAAUGGGAGAAUUUUAUUACGCUGCUAAAGCUUUUGACGUUUUAGAACGUUUAGAUCCUUUGCCGGAGUAUUGGGAAGGUAAGAGAGGAGCUUGUUGCGGAUUAUUUCAAAUGAUCAUAGCAAAAAAACAACCACGAGAAAUUUUGUCGGAAAUAAUACCUUUAUUAAGAAAUUCUGCAAACCCCCAAGUAGAGGUAAUUAUUCGCGUAAUCAAAAAGUGGGCGAAAGAUAAUAGAGUACUAAUUUAA